AAAUUCAUGUUUUUCAUGAUACUGACCUUAAUACCAUUUGGGAUCAAAUCGAAGAUUGGCAAAAUGAUCAAAUAAUGAAUAAGCUUUUUAAUUAUCAUCUAAGAAAAAAUAUUAAUGCGUCUAUAAAUUGGAAAAAUCUUUUUAUUAACUGGCAAAAUCAAGAAAGUAAUCUUAUCGAAUUAACAACAAAACUAAAAGAAAUACACCCACCAAACUAUACUGUUAAAGAUCGUGAAUUGUGUACAUGGAGAGCCUUAUUACAAUAUAUAGGCUAUACUAAUAUAAUACCUUUUGGAAAAGACUCUACGGUUUCAAAUUAUUUAAUUAUUGAAGCACGUCAAUAUGCUCGCAUUAAUAGUCCAGGAGCAAAUGUGGUAAUGAGCUCUUAUAAAACAGAUAGUGCUACUGGAUUAUCUAUAUAUUAUUUAAAAAAUAAUAAAGAGGCUUUAUGGGAACGAUUUUACGAAGAAUACCUAAUGGUGUUAAAAAAACAACAUUUUAUAAGUAUUUACGAGCUUGAUAAAAAAGGUGCUGUAAUUGUCAUUGACUACAAAAUGAAAAUUCUACUAAAAAGUGUACGUGAAACAAAACAAAACUUCUUCAGAAAAAAAGGAUGGUUAUUACAUUUAGUAUUGAUAUAUACUCGCUUUCCUAAUAAUAACAAUUUACAAGCUCGCGCUUUUGAUUAUUGGUCAACAAAUUCACGUCAAGACGCUUGGUUCACAGCUUCCUCAUUUCAUGCUGCAAUAAAUGAACUUAAUCCUCAGCCAGAAUGGGUUUCUUUUUUAUCUGAUAAUAGGCCCCAUUAUUAUAAUGCAGAUCUAAUGAUAAUUAUAAAACGAUGGAAAGAAUAUCGUCACGUUCAUUUAAGAUUUAAUAUUACACAGAGAUCAGAUAUUGAAUUGGUGAUUGAAAGAAUCCGUAAAACAUCAGUAGCUCACCUAGAGCCAGAACAUACUAAAGAUAAUAAAAUUUCAGAUAAAAAACAGAUUAAUACUUUACCAGUGAAUAGAACAAUUUUUUACUGCAAAAUUAGAAAAAUUGAAAAAAAAGAAAUAGAAAAACCAGAUCCCCAAGUUUUUCAAUAUACAACCCCUAAAUCUCCAUGGUUUGUUCCACUAUCCAAUAAAUCAGGAGUUACUUCUCAUAACUUGACGGUCGAUCAACUACAAAAACCAAGUGAAGAAAGAAAGUAA